AUGGCAUCGCAGUGCGGGCUGGAGUUCGCCUGGCAGGGGCCCAAAUCGGAGGUGCAGAGGCUGGUGGCCAUCCAGGAGCUCGUGCGCCGGUCCCAGGGCGCGCAAUCGCUUUCCGGCGGCCUCGAUUCGGCGGACUGCAGGACGCCAUCCCGCGACUGCGGCCGAAGCUUGGAAUCGGCCGAAGGGACCGGACUUCAGAGCCCGGACUGCAUCAGUUUCCAGACCGCGGGCGGGUCCCUGCAGCAUCCCCCGUCCGCAUCCCCGGAGGGGGGUUUGCCCAACGUCGUGCCAGUUGACGGCACCCUGUGGCCAGUGGUCAAGCCGGAUGAUUUGGGCCUUGACCGGUGCUCGGCGAAGAAGGACAACAAGCGGAAGGCGGCAUCCCUGGAGGGCCCCCCGUUCGGCGACGCGCGCGCCGCCUGCGCUCAUCCCAGCCCCAAGGCUGUGAGGAAUUGGCCCACCGACGGGAGUGAUGGUGGGCACCCCUCUCGUGCCUGCGCCCACGAGGGGGUGCGAAGGGUGCUCGCCAACGGCAACUCCGUAGCUCCCCAGGGCUACGAGUUGGGCUGCUUGGCGCAGCGGUACUCUGACAACGUUGACCACUUUGGGGGUGCCAGCCGGGGCCUAUCUGCCAGAUUUGCCUGCAGUGGGUUUGGAUGGAGGAACUUAGAGGAUGUUUUGCAGUCUUCCUGUGGUGGAGAGGCUGUUGGGAAUCCAGGAAGGGCAAGCUUAGCUAAUGGACAGGCCACGGAAGGGCUGCCUUCAAUAGUUGUUGAGCAAGAUAUUAUGAGUAGAGCGACAGACUUUGGACACUGGCAUGUUGCUGGUUCUGAGCAGCCCACUGUCACUUUUACAUCCACCAACAGCAGCAUGUCAUUUGAACACCUUGCGUCUUUGCCACGCACCCAUCCAGAUGUCGAAGAAGUGUUGCGACAUCCUGACUCGGGACCACUCACGCGGCUUGCCCUGGUGGGAACCUCAGGGCCAGAGCGCAGUUCAGAUGAUUAUGAUGUGAGGAUAAGUGCUAAGCUUGGAUGGGAUGACGACCACAAUAGCAUGGACUGGGACUGCAUUGACUGGGCAGCAGUUGGUCAGAUUCCCUUGGGACAAAGGCCAUUAAGACAGGCCAAUGGCUGUCAAUCGGCAAAGAGAACUCAUCAAACGUCGAGCUCAGACUUUCAGUACACACCCCCAGCUACAGGUUUGGCGCAUGGAAAUUGGGAUCUAUUGGGUUACGAAAGUGCGGAAGAUGGAGAGACUGGUGGUAACACUGUCAACAGUAAAGCUGACCAUGAUGGUGAUGGUGAUAGUGAAGAUGACUAUGAGUCAUACAGGGCUGCUGUGAAGAAAUCCAGGCGACGAUUGAGGAUAGAUGGCGACCGCGAGACGAUUCUGUCAAGGAUAGUGUCUGCACAGAUUAGCUGGUGCAAGGGGAAGGGCAAAGCCUGCAGCAGGAACGUCGAGAAACAUCGCAUUGUUCUGCAGGAUGAAAGAGUUUUGGCAGGGUUGUGCAAAGACUUGAGGGACAAUCGAGACAACAAGGCUGCGCUUGUGUUCAGCCUCUGCAUGUUUUCAGAGCCAGAUGUAGUUAUGGACCAGCGGGCUGCGGUGUCAACGGGACUUGUGGUUGCAUUGAAUGAACUUGUAGAUAGUGAAGAUGCCAGAAUCAGAUCACUGGCGAACGAAAUUUUAAGGACGAAGAUGGAUACUCGGAGAGGAUGA